UUGAUCCCAUCGUUGGAACCGUUCGAUGGUAGUGAAUCCUGGAAAGAAAACCUUGGAAGCCAAGUCAAUGGUUCCCGCCUGGUUCCUCCAGUGGUUCUUGCCGUCUCUGGAGAAGACUUGGCUCACUUAAGUAGAAUUCAUCGCCCAAGCCCGCAGCGCGGAACACCAUGUCGAUCCGGAAAAAGAUAUCUCUGGGGCUAUCAAGCCAUUUCUGCCUCGGUUAGCAGCCAUUCGUGUACGAGUGUUGUCAGGAAUUGCGGCAUGCAGAUCACCCUGUUAGACAAUGGCUUAAUACUGAACACACUUUCAUUUUAAAUUCCGGUUAUAAUCUGUGAAUACGAUACGAUGCGAGCGACCCUCGCCUUUGUCCUACCAUCGUCGCACAACUACAUUUCAAGGUCUGGUCCUCGGGCCAACGUGCCCCUUCCUGAUCCUUUAUUCGGCGCCUAUCUUGACCAUUGGAAAUGUUAGUCUUGUCGUUAUCCGCUUGGACGUUUGGAGCCCUGGGAAUGGGAGUCCUUGCUGCCAUUGAUGUUUCGAGCCUCAACUUAACGGCGCUUCCCGACUGCGGUCUCGCGUGCCUCUCCGAAGUGAUUCUAGCGUCGCAAUGUGGUCUCGACUUCGACUGCGUCUGCGCCAACACGACCAUAGCGGCUGACGUUGAAGCAUGUCUGCGUGACGGAUGUUCCGUUCGAGAUGCUUUGAUUUCGGGGAAGUGGUCCAAGGACAGUUGCGGAAUAGCUCCUCAUGACAAAUCUUUGGUCGUGUGGCUAGUUCCCCUCGUCGCCGUUAUUCUGAGCACCAUCUUCUAUGCCUUGAGUAUAGCAUCUAGGCUUGUGGUGAGGACCAAAGGUAUCGAUCUCGGCGAUAUAAUUAUGGGAGGAUGCGUGCUUUGCACUGUUCCAUUUCUUUGGACUGCAUUUCAACUCGCCGAAGAUGGACUUGGCAAGGACUUGUGGAACAUCCCCUACGACAACAUACCAUCAAUUCUGAAUCUAUAUUGGUGGGACGAGCUCUUCUAUGCUGCCAUUCUUCCGUGGACGAAAAUUUCAAUCCUCUUAUUUUAUUUAAAGGUUUUCCCAUCGGGUCUGAUCAUCGUGGGCAGUCACGCUCUCAUCUUAUCGAAUUUCGCAUACUUUAUCGCCUUUGAAUUCGCAACCAUAUUCCAGUGCUUCCCCAUUGAUGGUGCAUGGCGAAAUUGGGAUGGCUCCUACGAUGCGUACUGCGGCAACAUUCAUGCCCAGAGCUGGGCAUCCGCUGGUAUCAACAUCUUCCUUGAUAUAGCAGUCAUUGUGUUGCCUUUGCCUGAACUGGCAAAACUAUCCAUCUCUUUACGGAAAAAGAUACAGAUAAUGGGAAUGUUCUCUCUAGGAUUCUUCAUCACGAUUAUCAGUAUAAUCCGCUUGAAGAGUCUAGUUGUCUUCGCCAACACGACUAAUGCGACGUACGACUACGUUGAGCCAGGCUUGUUGAGUAUCAUGGAAGCAGCGGCGGGUAUUGUUUGUAGUUGCCUGCCAGCGGUGCGCGCCCUGUUUAGCAAACUUGUGCCCUCGCUUCUUGGCACAACGAACAAUGCCUCCACGCACUUAUAUAGUAACAGCGCCUCAUCUCAUCACCAUUUCAGUCGUAUCGAACCGACAGGCAACCGGAGUAGGCAAGCCCCAGCUGAGACGGAGUGGACGGUGCACAACACGACAUUCAAGGCCUCGGCUCCCGUCGAGCUUAGACCUGUAGAGAACACGUCUCUUUCCUGGGUGGAUCUCAAUUAUGGCAAGGAACCAACGAGGAUGCAAAUACACAACACAGUAUAGCGUUAGCUAGGUAGAGGACGAGUAUCGAUUCCCACAUAUCAGGUCCGCGUUCUCACACAUUACAUCUCUAUGAUCUGCUUUACACUAUUGGGGAAGGCUUGGUUUCACGACACCAAGGUGCCAAGGUGGAAAAAAACAAGAUGCCUCAAAAUAACAGCAAAGCACGGUUAGGCUCUGCCCUAGCCAUGUCCAAGCAACAGGACUGCCACAUA